GAGACUCCCCAAUUGAAACUCGCCAAAUUAUCACAGUUCCUUAAAUUUGUUGUGUUCACUUAAAUUUGGUGUAAGUUCAUUGAGUAGCCAGGAACAUGGUUAAGAAUUCAGGAGCGGACUUCGACCUACCGGUGGCCAGUUGGCAUCGAGGACUUUCGAUUCCUCAGAUGCAGGCGGCUGAUGACCUGGGCGGGGCACUGGGAUAUAAUAUCGGUGGCAUUCGGGACUGUUUGCUGCGCCUCGGAGUGCGUCCUUUGGUCAGAAACCGCCAGCUUCACAGGAUUGUGCAAAUGAGUCGCGGCCAGAAACUGGCCUUCCUCUACUUUCUGUUCCAGGAACACUACAAUACCGGCGGAUCAUGCGGUAAAUACACGGUUAACGGGCAACUCCUUCUAUCGGCCGUCGCCUAUCUUGAUCUACCAGCCACUUUUCGAGCACUGGACAAAGUUCUUCCCCUUAGCGAAAAUCGUAUCAGCAAAUCGAAUACUCCACCGAACCCUCAGAAGGUUUGUAAACAAAUCAGCUCAAAACCUUUGAGUCUCUAUAUUCCAGCACAAUCAGUUCUAAAUUUAUUAUCUUUUACACAGAAAUUUAAAAAGAAGUUGUACACCUUCAUUAUGCUCCAGUACGCCACUUAUUUUCUGUACGUCCUCGUUUCCUGGGAUGUGUGGAUAACCUUUGCUCAACAUCAGAACAUUGCGCCCCAUCACAGUGCAGUGUACAAUCCGCAGUCCGCACUUGAUCAGAUUGGUGUACACCAGCAACAAUGGUUCUCCUACAACUCCUUACGGCAAGCUCUAACUGAUGAAAAAAUAAACAAGCUAGAAAUGGGAUUGCUGGCUCUACAAAAAGAGUUGGAAUCCCAACUUCAGACAUUACGAAAGCUACAGGAAUUCGAGAAGGAAAGAAUAAUAGUCAAGAGGAUCAUCAAGCCGAUCUUCGAAAAGAUUGGUUCCAGACGAAAUGAAACUCAGAGAAAAGUUGAAAUGUUGGGGAGACGCAUGGAAACCCGAUUGCUGGCGCUACAAAUGGAGAUGGAAGCUAAACUUCGAUCGCUACGUAACAUUUUGGAAGACCAGAUUGAACAGAAAAAUACCUCCGAUAGAAUCAACAAGGAGGUCUUCCAGAAGAAAGGCUCCAGACACUUUUAUAUUGAGAAGCAAAACAAACUGAGUUGGUAUUCUGCGGCGGACAAGUGUCGCCAACUGGACGGUCACCUGGCGACCAUCCAAAAUGAGCGGGAGCUGGAUAGGGUCUUUGCGGGAGUCCAGCCAGGCUCCUACUGGGUGGACAUCUACAGCCUGGGCGGAGAUGAGGGUCCGUAUGUUUCUUCACUAUCCGGGAAAAAAGUCAAGUACUUAAAGUGGGCCAGGAACAUGGUUAAGAAUUCAGGAGCGGACUUCGACCUACCGGUGGCCAGUUGGCAUCGAGGACUUUCGAUUCCUCAGAUGCAGGCGGCUGAUGACCUGGGCGGGGCACUGGGAUAUAAUAUCGGUGGCAUUCGGGACUGUUUGCUGCGGCUCGGAGUGCGUCCUUUGGUCAGAAACCGCCAGCUUCACAGGAUUGUGCAAAUGAGUCGCGGCCAGAAACUGGCCUUCCUCUACUUUCUGUUCCAGGAACACUACAAUACCGGCGGAUCAUGCGGUAAAUACACGGUUAACGGGCAACUCCUUCUAUCGGCCGUCGCCUAUCUUGAUCUACCAGCCACUUUUCGAGCACUGGACAAAGUUCUUCCCCUUAGCGAAAAUCGUAUCAGCAAAUCGAAUACUCCACCGAACCCUCAGAAGAAGCGGUCUCGAAAUCCUUCCUGCCCAACGCCUAAUCCUUCGAUAUUUGACUCGGUCACCCCCAAAGAUAUAGAAAAUAAGAUGCCGUUGGAUUUGCCGGCCACAUUUCGAGAACUGGACAGAGUUCUUUCCUCACAGCUGUCACAGCAGAAACGAUCGCUCAAUUCCGGAAAAAAAGUCAAGCCCUACUUUCAGAAGCAACCACGUCCCAAAUCCUUUCGCCGGUCCACCCAUUAUUCGUCGAAUUCUCCACUUUAUGAGGUGCAGAUUCCCAACGAGGUGGGUGAUCCGAGGGAGGAUGACGAUCGGUGGUUUGCCAAUUUCCAGUUCCAUCCGGUCCAGCGUACAGUGAAGGCGGUUAUCAACCACGAGCUCUGUCAUCUAUUCGAUCAAAUAGACGAGGCGCCCAGCGAUCCUGCUCAGGAUCCAAGGGAUCUAUGUGAAUUCCACGAGGAAACUAGAUCCCAGGAGCGACAGGCAUUUCUGCUCAAGCAGCGACUACGUUACCUGGAGAUGAUUGACUUGGAAGGCACUGAGAAACGGCUCACUAGGGAGCGGAUUACUAAUCACCUGAAGCGGGACGUGGAUGAGUACCUUAAGAAGUUCGGUGACAAGGGCUGGAGUCCCGGAGUGCCUGCUUUUCGGAAUAGCGACUGUGCCGCCUGCAACGAACUGGUGCACGUGAGCUUGGAGACUCCUCCCCAGGUGCUCCUCCUGGAGGGUGAAUGGGGACGUCUAUACGACAGGAGUGGUCCCAAGAUGCGGCUGUGUGCCGGUGAGGAUGGAAACAAAAAGCUCCAGAAGAAAAAGAUUUUAGAGAUGAACCCCGAAUAUUUCACGGUCCCCGGGAUCCACAGACCCUACGCCUUCAACUAUCCACAAAUAUUCGAAGAAGGCAGUAAGCAAUCUUUAACUACCAAAGAUGCCAUUGGAAAUUCAUUGGUAAGAUCAAUCAAUGCUGAUGAUGAUGAUGCGGAGCGGGAAAAAAAGUUACCCAGGACAGUUAGGAGCAGUCACAUCGAUGAAGCGGUCUCCCGAUGUGUGCGGAAAAUCUUCGAGAAGAGUCUGCUGACAGCACCGUGUGUGAUGACCGUGAAGAAUUCCAAGGAACGCCUCGUCUACGAUCGCAAGCGGAUCGAUCCCGAUGACGAAAGAUUCAUGGAUCAGAUGCUGAGCGAUGCCUUUAAAAUUUUACGCCGCGAUUCCAGUCUUGUGCUGGCCAGCUUUCCCGAUGGUCACCAGGUUCCGGAGCUGCGAGAGUGGAUUAGGAGAAGAUUUGGCAAACGAUAUGGGCCACAAACCGAUGUGGAGGCCGAUAGAUUCAGGAACAAGGUGCAGGAUCUGUCGGAGAUGGAAAAGGAACUGAUUCCCCUGGUGGCUAACAUAGAUCCCCGGUUGGUCCGACAAAAUCCCGUUCCCUUUGCCAUGUACGAUGAAAUCAUGGGGACGGCCAGCAAGUUCAAGAAAUCGUUCCGGGAGGAAGUCUUUCAGAUAAUCCUCAAGAAAACCCGACUCUGCUGGCAGGCACAGCACAAUCUGCGAGCCUACAACAGUUCCGGGCUCCGUCGCACUUUCUUCACAUAUCUGCCCAGCAGUUCCGCCAAUAGAGAACCCACCUUCAGUUUAUAUUUGGCAUACAAAAAUGCCUAAUCAGAAAGUACUUAGUCCUAAAGCAGGCAGGUCAUCUUGAUCCUAAGUGUGAUCUUAUGAUCUUUUAUCUAAGGCCAACAUAAUCAUUUUAAUCUUAGCAGAUAGAAUGAAUAUCAUUGAUCUUAGAUGGUAUCAUUAAAUAGGAUCAGAUUGAUACUAAAUUAUUUACAUUUUUACCGCUUAACCAUAAGUUUCAGUCAAAAUUUAAGAUUUUAUUCCUUGAUAAUUUUUACCCCUCAGACAAGAGAGCUUUUAUAUAGACAAAUACUGCCCCCAAAUUAUGACCAGUCUAAUUAGUUUUUAUCCAAUGACAAUAUUUUAAUAUAUGUAUGUAUACAGCAAAGUAUAUUAAUCAUUAUGAAAAACCGACUGAAGGAAUAAAUUGUC